GAGGAGACCGAUCACUGGGAUUAGAAUGAGCGUCGUAGCUGAUAAAGGAGCCAUCCUGAGCCAGGUCCUGUCCCAGACCCGGUCCGUGCCUGGCAAAUAUGUCCUCCAAGCUUCUAUGAAACCUUUUUACCUCUCCCACACAGCUUAGUCCAGGCGAUAAAGUCCACAGUAUCAUCUAUACAUCCAUCCAUCAGUCUGAAGGUAGAGGCAUUUUCAUUUGGCCUUUCCAGAGUUCUUUCUACAUCUGCAAGAUUUAGUGCAAGGAUUUAGCUUGAAUAACAGUGACUAAAGGGGAAAUUCUCUGGAGAAGACCAAGAUUCCAAGUGAAUAUGGGCAUCUCCUACAGAAAUGUAGUCUUCAGUAUCUUCCUGGGAGCCACAAUAAUAGCAGGAAUCAUUGCUCUCAUCGUCUUUCUUGUGGGUGGCUCAGACAUUGUCCUGUCUCCAGAAACCAAGUAUGGAAUGGUGUUUGAUGCUGGAUCCUCACACACAUCUCUCUACGUCUACAAGUGGCCAGCAAACAAAGAGAAUGACACCGGCAUCGUGAGCCAGGCUCUGUUCUGCAACGUGGAAGGACCAGGGAUUUCUCAUUACGUCAAUGACCCAGUGAAGGCUGGGGAGAGCCUGAGAGCUUGUAUGGAGAAGGCGUUGACCCUGAUCCCAGAAGACAGGCAUCAGGAGACUCCCACUUUCCUUGGGGCCACAGCAGGGAUGAGGCUUCUGAGAGAGAAGAAUAGUUCCCAGGCAGAUCGGAUCUUUGAAGAAAUCAGCAAGAUCCUGGCCCAGUUUCCGGUCAAUUUCCAGGGAGCCCAAAUCCUGACAGGAAAGGAUGAAGGCUCCUUUGGCUGGAUCACUGUUAACUACAUCCUGGGGACUCUGGUGAAGUAUUCUUUCUCAGGGGAGUGGAUCCAACCCCCUAUGGCUGAGAUGGUGGGAGCCCUAGACCUAGGUGGAGCUUCGACACAGAUCUCCUUCCUUCCACUUGACCCCAUUGCUGACCCAAGCACCCAGGGCACCUUCCGCCUCUAUGGAUUUAACUACAGCAUCUACACACACAGCUACCUGUGCUAUGGGCAGAACCAGAUGCAGAAACGCCUCCUGGCACAUUUGGUGCAGAUCAGACCUUCUGAAGUGGUCCGCAACCCAUGCUACCAUGGUGGAUAUGAAGAUAUGACAUCUCUGGCUGACCUGUAUGACACACCUUGUGUCCAGAACUCCCAGAACUUUGGUCCCAUGCAGAACAUCAGGGUGGAGGGAACAGGAAACCCAGAAGCUUGUUACUCUGCUAUCUAUAGUCUUUUCAACUUCUCCACCUGUCAGGGCCAGAAAGACUGUGCCUUUGAUGGCAUCUACCAGCCUCAAGAGCAUGGCCAAUUCUAUGCAUUUUCUGGAUUCUAUUACACUUUCCACUUCUUGAAUCUCACGGAUGGCCAGUCUUUAUACACUGUGAAUAGGACCAUUUGGGAAUUCUGCCAAAAGCCCUGGAAACAGGUGGAGGCUAGCUACCCUGGGCAGAAACAAAGGCUACCCACCUAUUGUACUAAUGCCAUGUACAUCCUCAUCCUCCUGACCAAAGGCUACAAAUUUGAUGAUGCAACCUGGGACAACAUCCACUUCCGCAGACAGGCUGCAGGUACAGACAUUGGCUGGAGCCUGGGCUACAUGCUGAAUAUGACCAACAUGAUCCCGGCUGAGGCGCCAGUCAUUCAGAUGACAGAAAGUUAUGGUGUCUGGAUUGCUGGUAUCUUCUUUAUUGUCCUGGCCAUUUUAAUGAGCAUUAUUUCUGGAGUCAUCUACUAUUUUUGGAGCCCUGACUAGGUCUCAGACUUAAGUCACUGUGAAUACCUUUGGGGUGGGGCCAGAGGAGCCUGAUUCUGAGCUUCUGAUCAACUAAAAGACUCGUUUAUUUAACUCAUGGGGGAAUCCAUUUCAUGUCAGCCUGGGGACCUCAAAGUCUAUGGCAGGGAACUUCUGUUUCUGACAAGUUUUUGAGGUUCCUUUUAAGUAUGUGGACUAUUAUAUUAUAUGUAUGUUUUCUGUGGGUAAUUCUGGGCCUCAUUCAGCUCUCUGGAAGGGCCUAGGCUUGGGGUGAUAUUUGGGCAUUGAGGGAGAGUGACAGUCUAGGGGCUGAAGUUCGGGUGUGGGAGUGUGUCAGUUGAGAGGGAGAGGACUGGGAGAAGAGGAGAGACAGCAAGGUAUAAUGAACAAAGAACUUGAUUGAAGAUUUAAGAUACCCAAACCUAGUGCUGCCUCUGCAAACAGCUAGUUGUAUGACCAGGACAAGCAAUUUCCUUUUUUGGAACCUCAGUUUUUUAUCUGUAAAAUAAGGCAGGGGAAGGGUGCAGACCAGAUCAUUGAGGGUCUCUUCCUGUUCUGCAGUUAUAUGAAAAUGACAGAAUGAUUGAGGGAGCUCUAAUUUUUUCAGAAAGGGAUUUGGGGGAUGCCUAAGGAUGACAUCCAAGUGUCUCUGGAAUGAGCACUCAUAUUGUUAAAGGUGAACUCAGAUCACCCAAGAUAGGAAAAGUAGCUUCAACAGUUCCAAGCCUGAAGUUCACCUCAGGCUUCUCUAGGCUGAAGAUUUUUGCAUUUGUUCUUCUCUCCAUCUGGAUAUGGUUACCUUGUUCUAUAAAACUUGAUCCUCCUCCUUCCCUCUCACUCCUCAAAUCCUAGCCUCUUAAUCCUCAUCCUACAUACUUUUAUGUUGAUUUUUGCAUAUUGUCUUCCCCAUAGACUGUGAGCUCCUUGAGAGCAGGGACUGUCUUGUUGUAUCAUCAGCACUCAACACAGUGCCUAACACAUAGUGAGUGCUUAAUAAAUGCUUUUUGAUUGAUUAGGGACCUUAUUGAUCACUCAAACCUUCAAACCUGAGCAGCUUCAUUCUGCCUAUAGUUUCAGAGGCAUAGCUCUCACCCUAGGGUCCAAAGCCUAAGCCUGUAACCCUGAAGAGUAUUCCAGGGAUACCUUCCUCUGGAUCCCUCAAAGUUUUGGGAAAUGUGCUGUUACUUUUAUUAAAAUUGCACUUAUCCACA